AUGGCACUGUACGACCAAGUGAACGCCGGCAUCGACACCGAAGCGGACCGUCCUCAUCUCGGCGACAGUUUCAGUCUGUGCGAAGACGUGAUCGGUGCCAUUCAGUCGAGUGGCGGUUCGUCCGAGUCGUCCGUUGCCCACGAAUUGCUCCUGUUACUCAAUUCGCCUCACGUUAAGGUACGCCGUCAUCGUCGAGGUUUUAGCAACAGGCAUUCGCCGCAGAACGCGCCGCGUGAACCGCGUUCAUCGGCACACUGCCUGGCUUUGACUGCGGAAAUUUUCUACCUUGACGCCUACAGUUUCGCCGCGAACACCAUCGUUCAGUUCCGAAAGAACGCAGUCGAAUGUUUGAAAGUUUGCCAACAAAUAGAUCAGCUGCAGGUGUGA